AUGAUGCAGAGCGCAGCUGUCCCCGCGGAGGGGGCUGUCAAGGGGCUCCCGGAGAUGCUUGGUGUGCCGAUGCAACAGAUCCCCCAGUGUGCUGGCUGCAACCAGCAUAUCCUGGACAAGUUCAUCCUGAAGGUCCUGGACAGACACUGGCACAGCUCCUGCCUCAAGUGUGCAGACUGCCAGAUGCAGCUAGCUGACAGGUGCUUCUCCAGGGCCGGGAGCGUCUACUGCAAGGAAGACUUCUUCAAGCGCUUCGGCACAAAAUGCACGGCCUGCCAGCAGGGCAUCCCCCCGACCCAGGUGGUCAGGAAGGCGCAGGACUUCGUCUACCACCUGCACUGCUUCGCCUGCAUCAUCUGUAACCGGCAGCUGGCCACGGGGGACGAGUUCUACCUCAUGGAGGAUGGGCGGCUGGUGUGCAAGGAGGACUAUGAGACGGCCAAGCAGAACGAUGACUCAGAGGCCGGAGCUAAGCGACCCCGGACCACCAUCACAGCGAAGCAGCUGGAGACAUUGAAGAACGCCUAUAAGAACUCCCCUAAGCCCGCCCGGCACGUGAGGGAGCAGCUGUCCUCGGAGACAGGCCUGGACAUGAGGGUCGUACAGGUUUGGUUUCAGAACAGAAGGGCCAAGGAGAAGCGGCUGAAGAAGGACGCGGGGCGGCACCGCUGGGGUCAGUUCUAUAAGAGCGUCAAGAGGAGCCGGGGAGGCAGCAAGCAGGAGAAGGAGAGCUCGGCAGAGGACGGUGGGGUUAGUGACAGUGAGCUGAGCUUCCGAGAGGAUCAAAUUCUCUCAGAACUUGGCCACACCAAUAGGAUUUAUGGCAACGUGGGGGACGUUACAGGCGGACAGUUAAUGAAUGGGAGCUUCUCCAUGGACGGGACAGGACAAUCCUAUCAGGACUUGAGGGAUGGGAGCCCCUAUGGAAUCCCCCAGUCUCCAUCCUCCAUCUCGUCCCUGCCAUCCCACGCUCCUUUGCUCAAUGGGCUGGAUUACACGGUGGACAGUAAUUUGGGCAUCAUUGCGCAUGCAGGGCAGGGAGUAAGCCAGACGCUGAGAGCCAUGGCUGGGGGACCCACCUCUGACAUCUCCACAGGAAGCAGUGUAGGCUAUCCCGACUUUCCAACUAGCCCAGCCUCUUGGCUCGAUGAAAUGGAUCAUCCUCCUUUUUAA